AUGAGUAAUAGUUCCUACGUAUUAUUAAAUAAUUCUACUGAUAAACUCAAUGUUGAAAUACCUGUUAAAGAACCACCAUCAUCGUCACAAACUUCAUCUACAACGAAUGACGAUACACUCAAUAAACGUUAUGUACAAAUAGCAAUUGCUGUUUUCCUCUACUGGUGUGUUUCGAUUUCUAUGGUAUUUUUGAAUAAAUAUUUACUUAGUUCAAAAGAUGUGAAAUUAGAUGCACCACUUUUUAUAACAUGGUAUCAAUGUGUUGUAACAGUUGGUAUUUGUGCUAUACUUGGAAAUUUAAAUAAACAUGUAGCUGCUUUUUCAACAUUUCCUUCAUUUAAAAUAGAUCUUAAAAUUGCACGUGAUGUACUUCCGCUUUCAUUAAUGUUUGUUGCUAUGAUAAUAUUUAAUAAUUUAACUUUAAAAUAUUUAACUGUAUCAUUUUAUAUGGUUGGUCGAUCAUUAACAACUGUUGCUAAUGUGGUUUUUACGUAUGUUAUGCUUGGUGAUAGAACAUCGUAUAGAGCAGUGGGUUGUUGUUGUCUUAUCAUUGCUGGAUUUUUUCUGGGUAUUGAUCAAGAAAAUUCAUUAGUAUUCGGUGCAUUUUGUGGUGUAGCAUCAAGUAUAUUUGUAGCAUUAAAUGCUAUCUAUACAACUCGAUGUUUACCAUGUGUUGAUAAAAAUGUUUGGCGUUUAUGUUUAUAUAAUAAUUUUAAUGCUUGUAUUCUAUUUCUUCCUCUAAUGGCUAUUUUUGGUGAACUACCAAUUGUUUUUAGUUAUCCAAAAUUAUUCAAUACUUCAUUUGUAUUUGCAAUGACAGUAGCUGGUGUACUUGGGUUUUCAAUGGGCUAUGUAACAGGCUAUCAAAUUAAAAUGACAAGUCCAUUAACACAUAAUGUCUCUGGUACAGCCAAAUCUUAUGUACAAACAUUACUUGCUGUUGUUGUUUAUUCAGAAACAAAAACAUUGCUUUGGUGGUUAUCGAAUUUAUUUGUUCUUGGAGGAUCUGGUCUAUUUGCACAUGUUCGAGCAACAGAAAUGAAACGAAAUCAUAAUUCAAAUAAAACUACUGAUGAUAAUACGAAUGUAUCUUUACCGAAAUAA